AUGCCACGGGUAGCCAAGGGAAAAGCCAAAAAGGACACAACAUCUGAAGCAGCAGCUGCAGCAACGAAGACGCCAAGUAGUGCUGAAGAAUUGUUUGAUGCCUUGACAAAAGAAAAUAAAAAAGAUGAUGACAAUAUUAAUGACAUUGCCAACAACAACGAUGAUGAAGAUGAAGAAGCAGCACCCGCCGUAGAAGUUCCAGCAAAAGCCACAAAUGGCAAAGCAGCAGCAGGCCGUGGCAAGAAAGCCAAAGUUGAAAAAGAAGAAAAGCCGGCUAAAAAAGCCCCCGCCAGCAGAGCUAGGGGAGGUAAAAAAGCCGCCGCUGCCGCCGUUGUUGAAGACAGUGUUGAGGUUACAGCCAAAGAGACCGAGAACGUUGUCAUCAGCAAUGGUGAUGCAGAAAUGGGGGACACAGAAUCACUGCCAAAGGAGGAGGAGGCGGAGGAAGAAGCUGUUGUGGUGACUAGCAAAGCUAAAGGUGGUAGGGGAGGUAAGCGUGGUGCCAAAGCAGCGGCAGCAGCAGCACCAGUUAAGGUUGAAAAUGGCGAUCAAGCCGUAAAUGGGGAUACCAAGGAUAUGGAAAAGGAAGAAGAAGUUGUUGCAGCACCCAAAUCCAAGGGUCGUGGUGGUAAGAGAACCACCAAACCGGCUGCCAAAAAGGCGGAGGAGGAGGCUGUAAAUGAGGAUGUUGCAGCUAUUGCGGCCACAGAAGAACCUACUCCCAAAGUAGCCAAAGGCAGAGCGGGUGGUCGUAAAAAGAAAUCAGAGGAAAAGGAAGAAACGGAAUCAGUAGAAAUUAAAGAAGAAAAAACUGAAGAAAUUGCAGAGGAGGUGCCUGAACCACCCAAAAAGAAAGGAAGAGCCUCAGCAAAAAAAUCAGCUGCAAAAGAGCCAGUUGUGGAGGAGGAUAAAACCGAAACGGCAAAGCCUUCCGCCAAAAAAGCCACCAAGAGAGGUGCCGCCAAAGACACCAAGGAAAAAGAAGAAGUCGAAAAGGUGCCCCCGAAGAAGGCAAGAGGAGGAGCAGGAGCUGCAGCCAAAGCAGCAAAUAUAAAGACUGAAGAAAUUUCAAAUGAUCAUGAUGUGCCACCACAAGAAAAUGGCGGUGAAGCUAUUGUGGUGGAAGCUGCAGUUCCUAAAAAACGUGGCCGUAAAGAUGCCACCGCUGAAAAAGAACUAAAGACUGAAGAAGAAAAACCUAAAAAGGGCGGUAGAGGUGGUAAACGAAAGGCGGCCGAAAAGGUCGUGAAGGAGGAUGAGUCGGAGCCGGUCGUUGAGGCAAAACAAGUGAAACAGGAAGAGGAGCCAGUGGCUUCGGAAGUUGUUAAAGAAGAAACAAAAACCACAGAAAAACCCACAACUAGCCGUGGCGGAGCUGGGAGUCGUAAACGUGCCGCACCGUCUACUAACAAAACAAAAAAGACAGCUGCCGAUGCUAAAAAAGCUGACAAAAAAGUUGAUGAAGACAACAAAAAUGCUGACGACGACAACAACAACGAUGAUGAUGAUAAUGAGGUUUUAGAUGAAGACGAAGCAGAUGGUUCGAAACCUACAAAGGCAAAAAAGAAAAAGGAUUCACCGCCCCUCAAUUCGACCACUACGCAUUACAAUAAAGCUGAUUUUGAUUUGCCACCCUUGCCCGAUGGCCAAACGGCUGAUGAGCCUCGUUUCAACUUGAAAAUUUCCAGCUGGAAUGUUGCCGGCCUCCGGUCAUGGCUUAAGAAAGAGGGCCUGAAAUUUUUGGAAUACGAAGAACCCGAUAUUUUCUGUUUGCAGGAGACAAAAUGUACCACAGAUCAAUUACCCGAAGAGGUACAGCGUAUACCCGGCUAUCAUCCGUAUUGGUUGUGUAUGCCCGGAGGUUAUGCCGGUGUGGCCAUAUAUUCCAAAAUUAUGCCUAUCAAUGUUGAAUAUGGCAUUGGCAAUAAGGAAUUUGAUGAUGUUGGUCGGAUCAUAACCGCAGAAUAUGAAAAAUUCUUUUUGGUCAAUGUCUAUGUACCCAAUUCGGGUAGAAAACUGGUGAAUUUAGAGGCCCGAAUGAAAUGGGAGAAACUUUUCCAAGAGUUUGUGGAAAAAUUGAAUGCCCGCAAACCCCUGGUCAUAUGCGGUGAUAUGAAUGUAUCGCAUCAGGAAAUUGAUUUGGCCAACCCGAAAACAAAUACCCGCAAUGCUGGCUUCACCAAAGAGGAAAGGGAUAAAAUGUCUGAGUUGCUGGCAUUAGGUUAUAUAGACACUUUUCGGCAUUUGUAUCCGGAUCGCAAGGGAGCCUAUACAUUUUGGACAUAUAUGGGUAAUGCCCGGUCGCGAAAUGUUGGCUGGCGUUUGGAUUAUUUCCUGGUGUCGGAACGUUUUAUUAAACGUGUCGUUGACAAUUGUAUACGCAGCCAGUGUAUGGGUAGUGAUCAUUGUCCCAUAACGCUAUUCUUGAAAUUGUAAUUUAAAG